CGCGGUUUGCACUUCACGUCGAACACCUCCUCGCCACCGAGCGACCACAACACAUUCAUGUCAAUUUCCAGCAUAGAGUAUCCACGCCGGACAACAUGAGAGCAAAAUGGGUACAAGAAUGGUUCCAAUACCAAGGGAUAGGGUGAUCCUGCACUUCGAUUACGAUUGCUUCUACGCCUCUGUCUUCGAAUCGGAAGAUCCGAGUCUACGAUCACUCCCUUUCGCCGUCCAGCAAAAGCAAAUAUGCGUAACUGCUAAUUAUGUGGCCCGAAGCAGAGGAAUCUACAAGCUACAGCUGGUCAAAGAUGCAAAGCGUAUGUGCCCAGACCUGAUCAUCAAACUAGGUGAAGACAUCAGCAAAUUUCGCGACGCCUCCAAGGAACUCUACUCGUUCAUCAAGAGCUUCAGCUGGAAUAACAAAGUGGAAAGGCUCGGCUUCGAUGAGGUCUGGUUAGAUGUCUCCGAUAUCGUUGACUACAAUCAAGAGAUCCUGAACAAGCACGACUUGGAGCAUUCAUUUUUCCAGACGUCUAAGGAUGAUCCUACAAUCGGUUUUCCAUUCGAUGCAACCAAGAUUGCUGGCCACUCAUACCCGAAGGACUAUGCCUCUCCCUCCAAUGAGCCCGACGAGCUGACCUUACGCCUUCGUCUCGGGAGUCAUCUUGCUUUGCAUAUCCGUCAUGAGCUCGAGAACCAAAAAGGCUACACCAGCACAGUCGGCAUUUCCACAUCAAAACUGCUUUCGAAGCUCGUCGGAAACCUGAACAAACCCAAAGGUCAAACGACCCUCAUGCCGCCAUAUUUAACACAAGAUGGCGAAAGUGGCAACGUCACAACCUUCAUCGACAACCACGACAUUGGUAAGAUCCCUGGAAUCGGCUUCAAACUAUCCCAAAAGCUCCGCGAAUUCUGCUUGCAGCGUCCAGCCGCCAUCGAUGAGGGACUCGUCUACGGCGAAACCAAAGAGCGCGUGACAGUAGCAGAUGUUCGCAAACAUCCCGACGUCAGUCCUGAAAUGCUAGAAAAGCUCUUAUCUGGACCAGGAUCCGCGCAUGGUAUUGGUCAGAAGAUUUACGAUCUACUGCAUGGACGUGACGAGACAGAAGUCAGCUCAGCACGAGCUGUACCGAGACAAAUUUCCAUCGAAGAUAGCUAUAUUCGUCUCGAUACGAUGCCGGAAUUACUCAAAGAACUUGACGCUCUGGCACGAAGUCUGCUGAACAGGAUGCGAAUUGACCUACUUGCAUCUGACGACGAUUUCGACGACAACAAACCAGGACAGGCAGAAGAGGACGUUGAGAACGUAUCUGCCAAGCCGAUUUCCACAGCUGGAAAGAAAUGGCUCGCACAUCCAAAGACUCUUCGCCUAACAACUCGACCUCGAAUGCCGCUGCAAUCAGACGGUACCAGAAUACGCUCAUUCAAACGCAUCUCGCACUCCGCGCCAUUACCCAAUUUUGUCUUCAAUCUCAAUGGAUCAGUCGAUGCACUGGCGGAGAAGUUGGUCAAAGAGACUCUCAUCAGCAUGUUUCGCAAACUCCACCCAGAGAAGGCAGGAUGGAACUUGAGCUUAGUGAACUUGGCUGUCACCAAUAUGGCAGAGACAGCAGGAGACAGCAAAACCGCGAAUGGACGCGAUAUCGGCGGCAUGUUCAAGCGACAGGAUGAAGUGUUGAAGGAUUUUCGAGUGACGGAUAUCAGCAACUCGCCGCCCAAGGCGGGCCUCUUAAUACAUCAGGAGAAUAUGUUCAAGGAGGAGGAGAAGGACGCAUCAUUGGGCACAGAAAAUGAAGCGUCGAAAACUGGGGAUCAUGCGUACGAGGCUCAGCAGACCUUGUUCGAUGACGACGACGAUGAAGAAGAAGAAGCUGGCUGGGUGGAAGACGAACGAGAUGAGAUGGACGAACUUUGUGGGGAAUGUGGCAUACGAUUGCCUACGUUUGCGAUGGGUGCUCACCUGCGAUUUCACCAACAGGCUACUGUAUCCAGCUGA